GUGACCCGAGGCGGACACGCUGCAGCGGCUGGUCCAGAUCUGAUCCCGAACCGAGCCCUAACGGAGCCGCAGCCGAGCCUGCGGGACCAGAACCGGGUCGUGGGAGGGGUUCGGGCCCCAGUAAGAUGAGCCAGCCCUGCCCGGCGGCAGCAGCAUCUCUAGCAGAGAGCAUCGUUCCGUGGUGUCUGUAUCUCAUGGUUCCGGCCCUGGAGGAGAGCUAACCACCAAUGGCCUGCCAGUCUGUCUCUGCAGUCAUGGACGAGCAGGCCCUGCUGGGGCUGAACCCCAACGCCGACGCCCGCUACCGCCAGAGGGCGAUGGCGUACUUUGAGCAGCUGAAGGAAUCCCAGGACGCCUGGGAGGUUUGUGCUGCCGCGCUGGCUAAAGGAAUGUACAGCGACGACCACGUCAAGUUCUUCUGCUUCCAAGUUCUGGAGCAUCAGAUCAAGUUCAGACAUGCAGGUCUGACGGCGGCGCAGCAGCAUCUUAUCAGGGAGACACUGAUGAAGUGGCUGCAGGUCCAGCUGAUGACCCCCCAGCCGGAGAAGCCGUUCAUCAGGAACAAAGCUGCCCAGGUGUUUGCUCUCACCUUCAUCAUGGAGUACCUGACGCUCUGGCCCAAGUUCUUCUACGACGUCCUGACCCUGGUGGGACUGAACCCCAACGGGGUGGACAUUUACCUGAGGACGCUGAUGGCUAUAGACGCGGAGGUGGUGGACCGGGACAUCCUGCACACUCCUGAGGAGUCCCGCAGGAACUCCCUGAUCAAGGACAGCAUGAGGGAGCAGGUGGUCCCGGCUCUGGUGGAGUCCUGGUUCCAGAUCCUGCAGACCUACCAGAACCAGAACCCAGAACUCACCUGUCAGUGUCUGGAGGUGGUUGGAGCCUACGUGUCCUGGAUCGACCUGGGACUGAUCGCCAACGACGGAUUCGUUAACCUGCUGCUGAACCAGAUGUCCAUGCAGGAACUGAGGGAGGAAGCGUGCGACUGCUUGUUUGAAAUCAUCAAUAAAGGGAUGGAUCCCAACGAUAAGACCAAGCUGGUGGAGUCUCUGUCCCGCGUCCUGCAGACGGCAGGAUUCUUCCACGUGGACCAGGAGGAGGACGUGGACUUCCUGGCCAAGUUCUCGCGGCUGGUGAACGGGAUGGGCCAGAGUUUGGUCCUGAGCUGGAAUAAACUCUCCAAGGCCGGUAACGAGGCCGGGGCGGCGGCCGCCCUGACGGCCCUGGAGAACAAGGUUCCUCUGCUGCUGCAGCUGCUGGUGCACGACGACGACGACAUCUCCGCCAACAUCGUGGGCUUCUGCUACGAGUACCUGCACGUGCUGAAGCAGCUCCCUCAACUGACGGAGCAGCAGAAAGCAAACAUCGAGGCCGUGAUGCUCGCCGUCAUGAAGAAGCUGACGUACGACGACGAGUACAACUUUGAGAACGAGGGCGAGGACGAGGCCAUGUUCGUGGAGUACAGGAAGCAGCUGAAGAUGCUGCUGGACCGACUGGCCCAGGUUUCUCCAGAGCUGCUGCUGGAGGCCGUCCGCCGCGUCUUCACCAACACCAUGCAGAACUGGCAGACGUCCUCCUUCAUGGAGGUGGAGGUUUCUAUCCGGCUGCUCUACAUGCUCGGUGAGGCUCUGCCCUCGUCACAUGGAGCUCAUUUCUCCGGGGACUCGUUGAAGACCAGCGCUCUGCAGGACAUGAUGAGGACGCUGGUUUCCUGCGGCGUUAGCGGCUACCAGCACAGCUCCGUGUCCCUGGAAUUCUUCGAGACCAUCGUCCGCUACGACAAGUUCUUCAUCGUGGAGCCGCAGCACAUCCCCAACGUCCUGAUGGCGUUCCUGGACCAGAGGGGUCUGAGACACAGCAGUCCGAAGGUUCGCAGCAGAGUGUCCUACCUGUUCUCCCGCUUUGUCAAGACGCUGCACAAACACAUGACGGCGUUCAUCGAGGACAUCCUGACCCGAGUCCAGGACCUGCUGGAGCUGGCGCCGCCGGAGAACGGGUGUUUCCCCGCCCUCCUCACCAGUGACGACCAGCUCUUCAUGUUCGAGGCGGCCGGGGUUCUGAUCGUCAGUGGCGACAGCCCGUCGGACAGGAAGCAGGCGUUGAUGCGCAGCCUGCUAACGCCGCUCAUGGACGCCUUCCGCCUGCUGUUAGCCAAGCUGCCCCGGGAGACGGACGAGGACAGACAGACGGCGCUGGCCGACUGCCUGAGCCACGCCGUCGGCUUCGCCAGCCGGACCAGCAAGGCGUUCAGCAACAAGCAGACGGUGAAGCAGUGCGGCUGCGGCGAGGUUUACCGCGACUGCCUGCACACGUUCCUGCCGGCGCUGAGCUGCCCGGUGCAGCGCGCCGCGCUACGCAGCGCCGUGCGCUCCUUCCUGCACCGCAUGAUCAUCUGUCUGGAGGAAGACGUGCUGCCCUUCGUCCCCGCCGCCUCCGAGCACAUGCUGAAGGAUUGUGAGGCCAAAGACCUGCAGGAGUUUAUCCCUCUGAUCGCCCAGAUCACCGCCAAGUUCAAGGCCCAGGUGUCCCCGUUCCUGCAGCAGGUCUUCAUGCCGCUGGUCCGGUCCAUCUUCGAGGUUCUGGCCCGGCCGGCCGAGGAAAACGACCAGACGGCGGCGCUGGAGAAGCAGAUGCUGCGACGGAGCUACUUCAGUUUCAUCCAGGCGGUGACGGGGAGUGGCAUGGACGAGGUGCUGGCCAAUCAGGGCCCGGAGAACAUUGAGAGGGUUCUGUUCACCAUCAUCCAGGGAGCUGUGGAUUUCCCCGACCCGGUGGCCCAGAAGACCUGCUUCAUCAUCCUGUCCAAGCUGGUGGAGCUGUGGGGAGGGAAGGACGGCCUGGUCGGAUUCCCCGACUUCAUCUACAAACACAUCGUCCCCGCCUGUUUCCUGGCUCCGCUCAAGCCGACCUUUGACCUGUCGGACGCCCAGACGGUCCUGACGCUGUCGGAGUGUUCGCUGACGCUGAAGAUGAUUCAUCUCAAACGGGGUCCGGAGUUCAUCCAGUUCCUCCAGCAGGAUUACCUGCCGUCGCUGCAGGUUUCUCCGGAGAUCUCCCAGGAACUUUGUUCGGUUCUGCAGCAGCCGGACGUCAAGGUGCUGAAGAGCUACGUCAAGGCGUUUUUCCAGACGGCUAAACAGUAGCACCGCCGGGCCCUGGACAGGAAGUGGAACUCUCUCUGGACAGGAAGUGGAACUCUCUCUGGACAGGAAGUGGAACUCUCUCUGGACAGGAAGUGGAACCCCCCACUCAUCAAACAGGAACUUUGACCUUUGACCUCUGCUGCUGCUUUUGCACCGAAAAGGAAAAACGUGUAAAGAAACGAUUAAAGUUUAAUUUGGGAGAAGCUGGAGGAAGCUAGCGGCUAGG